UGGUAGUGUGAUUUCGACUUCCUGUGGAAGAGGCAAAGAAACUCACGGCUGUCUUCUUGACAGGGCCUGAACCCUAGUAAGACAGGGAACGGCCUCAGUCAUGGUCCUUUGGUAGAUUGUUGACAACUUAGCGAAAUAACGCUCAUAAUCACUGAGGGAAAACUCUGUAUCAGGUUAACUGUCUACCCCCGCUGGGAAUUCGUUUUACCUGGUUGCUUGCUAACCAGGUAACCUCGUAACGUUGCGUUACUUUGAUAGGAUAGCCAUUCACUACGAAGAACCUCUACAAUUUGAUCCCUGUGUCUAUGCCAAGAUGUCAAACGCUGGUUUCAGUUCUCAAAAUGGGGCAGGAGGACAGGCUUACGUAAAUGGCCCCUCACAAAGCCCUUUUCCAAUGCAGCAAGUGAGCCAAGGUUAUAGCACACCUGGUCAGCUCGGCUAUCAUAAUCCAGUGCCUGCAAAGGCCCCCAUGCCGCCGGGCCCUGGACUCUACAACGCUGUCCCUCCAGUCAGCUCCUAUCAGAGUGGCCCCGGGCCCCACAUGCCAGUCAGGCCGCAGAUGGGAGGCCCGCCACCCAUGCCCCCUGGUCCGAUGCCCCCCGCUUCUCAGAACUCUGUGCCGUUCCCCACGGCAUCAACAAACAACUACUACCCCAACGCUCAGAACCCCUCACCGUCCAGCUGGAACUACGGUGUGCGCCCUCCCAUGGGCGUGGCGGGAACGCCGCCUCCGCAGCCAGGGAACCACGUGACGUCGACGUCAUCGUCUCCCAGCCCAGUGCCGAACCUGCCCCCCUCUCAGGGGUUCAGUGCAGGACCCCCGCCAGGGCCCACUCUCACUCCCGACGCCUCGAGGCCCCCUGGACCCCCACUGCCUCCCGCCUCGCUCAACAGCUGGGCCCCACCAGGGUCUGUUCCACCUCUGCCUAUGAACGCAAUGACUCCACAGACAUACCAGCCGGGGAGGCCAGCGUACGGGCCCCCUCCAACAGCGGGACCCCCACCAGCCAUGAGACCAACUCCGCCUCCCACCGGACCCCCCCUCGGCACAGCCACCCCUCCCCCACCCAUGGCCCCCCAACAUGAAGCUGGUCCGAGUGGAAGUGUUUCUAGUAACGCAUCAGCGUUCAAUGAUGUGGAGAACAUGGACUGGGAUGUUAAUCAGUCAGGUGUGACUCAGUGGAUGGAUAGUGGUGCUGUCUUACCAUCGAUGGGCCCUGCCCAGCUGAGUCCCUCAAUGGCUGCGAUGAGCCUGCAGUCUCAGACCCCAGACGCUCUGCGCGUGGUCAACCUCUUGCAGGAGCGGAACCUCCUCCCCCCCACUGCCAUCGAGGCCCCCACGCCCUGCCUGCCACAGGACCUGCAGAAGGUCAACUGCAGUCCAGAGGUGUUCCGCAGCACUCUCACCAGCAUCCCCCAGACGCAGGCCUUGCUUAACAAAGCCAAGCUGCCCCUCGGCUUGCUGCUCCACCCUUUCAAAGAUCUCUCGCAGCUUCCCGUGGUGACCUCCAGCACGAUCGUCAGGUGUCGCUCCUGCAGAACCUACAUCAACCCCUUUGUCUCAUUUCUGGACCAGAGAAGAUGGAAGUGCAACCUCUGCUACAGAGUCAAUGACGUCCCAGAGGAAUUCAUGUACAACCCCGUCAGCAGAUGCUACGGAGAGCCCCAUAAAAGACCCGAGGUCCAGAACGCCACCAUUGAGUUUAUCGCUCCCUCUGAAUACAUGCUGCGACCACCCCAGCCAGCUGUUUAUCUGUUUGUCCUCGAUGUUUCCCACAAUGCCGUGCAGACUGGAUACAUCGAUGUUGUCUGUCAGUCGCUUCUCGAGAACCUCAACUCGCUUCCUGGGGAUACUAGGACGAAGAUUGGUUUCAUAACCUUUGACAGUACGAUCCACUUCUACAACCUCCAGGAAGGGCUCUCUCAGCCUCAGAUGCUUAUUGUGUCUGAUAUAGAAGAUAUAUUUUUACCUACACCAGACAGCCUUUUAGUAAACUUCAAUGAAUGCAAAGAGUUGGUCCAGGACCUGCUGAAGAGUUUACCACAGAUGUUCAGUAAGACGAUGGAGACCCAGUCUGCCCUGGGCCCAUCCCUGCAGGCCGCCUUCAAGCUGCUCUCGCCCACCGGGGGCCGUGUGUCCGUCUUCCAGACCCAGCUGCCCACUCUGGGCGUCGGGGCACUCAAGUCCAGAGAGGACCCUAACCAGAGGGCAUCUGCCAAGGACAUCCCGCAUCUCUCACCUGCGACAGACUUCUACAAGAAGCUGGCUCUGGACUGUUCAGGACAGCAGGUGGCCGUGGAUUUGUUUAUGCUGAGUUCACAGUACUGUGACCUGGCCUCUUUGGGCUGCAUAUCCAGGUACUCAGCAGGAAGUGUGCACUAUUACCCCUCCUACCACAACCAACACAACCCUGCCCAGACGGAGCGCUUCCAGAAAGACCUCAAGAGAUACCUGACCCGCAAGAUUGGCUUUGAGGCCGUGAUGAGGAUACGAUGCACUAAAGGCCUCUCCAUACACACUUUCCACGGGAACUUCUUUGUGCGCUCGACGGACUUGCUCUCGCUGCCCAACGUGAACCCGGAUGCUGGUUUCGCCGUGCAGAUGUCCAUCGAGGAGAACCUGGUGGACAUGCAGGUUGUCUCCUUCCAGGCUGCGUUGCUCUACACGUCCAGCAAAGGUGAAAGAAGGAUCCGAGUGCACACCAUGUGUCUACCCGUGGUCAACUCUCUGUCGGACAUCUUUGCUGGAGCUGAUGUACAAGCCAUCACCGGCCUUCUGGCCAGCAUGGCUGUUGAUCGCUCCGUGACGGCCAGCUUGAGUGACGCCCGAGACGCGAUGACCAAUGCUGUGAUUGACUCGUUGGCCUCGUACCGCACCGCUGUGCUGACCAUCCAGCAGCCCGGGCUGCUGUCCCCCACCUGCCUGCGUCUCUUCCCCCUCUACAUCCUCGCCCUGCUCAAACAGAUUGCCUUCCGGACAGGCACCAGUACUCGACUGGACGACCGUGUGUUCGCCAUGUGUCAGCUGAAGUACCAGCCACUGGCUUACCUCAUGCUCAUGAUCCACCCAGCACUGUACCGUGUGGAUGACCUGACCGACGAGGGGGCGCUGAAUGUCAGUGACCGCACCAUCCCCCAGCCUCGCGUGUUGCAGCUGUCUGUGGAGAAGCUGAGCAGAGAAGGAGCCUUCCUCAUGGACACUGGCUCGGUGAUGUAUUUAUGGGUGGGAAGGAACUGCAAUCCUCAGUUCUUAACUCAAGUCCUUGGGGUUCCAAGCUAUGCAGCUCUUCCCCAGAAUAUGACUCAGCUCCCAGAACUGGACACUGCUGAGUCCACAAGGACGAGAGCAUUCGUCGGCUGGCUACGGGAACAGAGGCCAUUUUAUCCCACCUUACAUGUCAUCAAGGAUGAUAGCCAGCUGAAGGCUAACUUCAUGCAGAGCAUGGUUGAGGAUCGAACAGAGUCGGCGCUUUCCUAUUAUGAGUUCCUUCUCCACGUGCAGCAGCAAAUCUCCAAAUAAGAUGGUGCUGCAGGCGAGAGGGUUGGGAGGGGGUGCGGUGGGGGUCAACGCGAGGAGUAUGCAGUUGUUCUGGCAGUAUUGAUGGGGUGGGGUUGGGGUGGUGUGAGGACAGUGAGAAUGUGUCCGACCGUGUGACUGGCGUUCAGACUCCGAGCCUGUUGGUACAUUCUGAAGGACAACACCACCAUUUCUCUCUCUCUCUUUGUGUAUCUUCUCAUCAGUUCCCCUGGAGACAGACUGGUCCACUUGGCUGCUUAUUCUCAAAUCAAACUUCUUAUUCAACAUGUCAAUGAUGAGGGGCAGAUUGUUGAUUUCCUAGUAGCAUGUGGAAAUCAUUUGGGGGGGUGGGGAUAAAAAUAAUAAUGCAUCCAUGUAGGUCGAUAAAUCAAGUAUUUGACCUUCUCGGGAGAGACAGUAUGGAGACAUUCAGAUGAUGAAGCACAGUUGUACUUACUAAUAAUAAAGUAAAGUAUGUAUCACACUAAAGUCUUUUGAGCUCCUAGCUCAAUGUAGAGCUAUACUGAGGGGCACAGUCAGUAAUAAAGUAAUGCUUUAUGGUAUGACAGAACGGCAUACAUAUUCUCUUAUUUCGAUCACUGCUAUUGUCAGUCGAACAAAUCCACAGACUUGCAAUGACAAAAGAAAUGUGGCAGAUGGAAGUUAGAAAAAAAAGGGGUGGCCUCACUCCUUUUGUAAUAUUUUGCUGUGAGUACAUUGAUCAAGUGGAAUGCUGUCUUCACCUUGUGGUUUCUGGCAGUCACUCUGUGAAAAAUUUCAAACUUUUCAUGUUUUUAUUUUAUUUCCUUUUCGUUUGUUAAUUUAUGAGAAUCCCAUUCUAAUUACAUCUGUGUUUGCCUUGUAUGGGAACUCAGUUUUUUUAGGCUUCUGUUAAAAGGCAAGACAUUAUGUAUAUGAAAUGUUUUAAUAUAAUAGGAUAUGGGAAAUUUCUUUAACAGACAUAACAAAGCCAUUUGAUCUUUAAUCAUGCUUUAUUAAAAACUUGUAUAUUGAAAAGUACAUUAUAAUGAUAAAGAUGGAUUUUAGUAUGACCUUAAGGUGAAUUUAUGAUAAAAAAAAUAAACUGGUUGGGCCUUUUAUAUCUAGUGGUUGUUCUGUCGUAAAUGAAGGACUAUUUUACUUAAUCCAUUUCUUUUCUGAUAAAUGUUGUCUCUGCAUACACAUUUUGUUCUUUCAAAAUGACUUACGUUUUCUCUCAAGUUUUAAUCAAACAAUAGGAGUGUAUCACAGAAAACAUUCAAACUGUGAUAAAGAAUCCAGUUACAUGUAGUGUUAAGUUCUUCUGGUGUGUGAAAUGUCAUGUUAUAAUUUAAGUGUUUCUUAAUUGUAAUGCUGAAGAAAUAAGUUAUGAAUGAUGGUGAAGAUUGGACUAUACUUUUGAUUUGCUUCUUUAUGUGUAAUAAUCAAAAUCUACCAAAACCUUUUAACUUCCCAAGAUAAAACAAUGUUUUCCCCAUGUAAUUUUGAUACUGCUUUCCGUCUCAGAGAUGAUAAAGCUCACUAAAUCCUCA